UGAUCAUCAACUCUUCGGAGCUGAGUAGAAUAUCUAUCAAACGCAGUACAAUACAAUACUAGUAUUGGUACUAUCAAUACUGACAAUAUACCAAACGUACCAUCGUCUUUGAAUUCAUGUGAGAUAAACCCGAGCUUCGCUGAAUGUCCAGCGACUUGAUCCGUCAUCGAAAUUGCUUGGAAUGCAACACCGUCAACCAAAUCCUUUACUCUCGAGCGAGGAAAUGAAGUCCAAGUAGCUGGCGCAUAUUUGAUAUCGCAGAGUCUCGAUCCUCUUCAAAGAUUCAGAAAGAUGGCUUCGCAAUCUACUUUACGAUAUUCCGAUCCCAUCGGCGCGCUUUAUCAAAGAUACGCGAAUCUCAUUCGGAGUCGAAUACAGGGAGCUUCAAAGGCAACAAAACUGAUCGCAACUUUACUCCUCACUCUUUCCAUAAUAUGCGGAGGGACUUUUGGUCAUCGAUCGUGGCAGAAACGAGCUGCAGAAAAGGAGCAGGGAAAGCGAUUACAUAGGCGGAACUCUGGACUCAAGAAUAAGGAUGGAUCGCGCGUGGUAUUCGUACCAUAUAAAGACACCACCUCAAAAGUCACCAUAUAUCCUACCAAACCUUUGACUUUCGAUGCUCAUAGAAGACUUUUCCUGAAUCCACCUCGAGCUGCUGGACUUACGGAUGGUCAACAAACUCCGCAGAUUCCGCCUCCCCAGACGAAGCCGGGAUUGAAUCUAGCAUUUUUACAUCAAUUUCUCAGUCUCUUGAGUAUAAUGAUCCCAAGAUGGUCGAGUAAAGAGACUGGAUUACUUCUGAGCCAUGGCAUCUUUUUGUUACUUCGAACAUACUUGUCAUUGGUUGUGGCACGAUUAGAUGGUGUAAUUGUUAGAGAUUUGGUUGCAGGUAAUGGGAAAGCUUUCAGUUGGGGCAUCAUAAAGUGGUGUGGCAUUGGGGGUUUGGCUUCAUACACAAAUGCUAUGAUCAAAUUCCUACAAUCCAAAGUUUCAAUUGCUUUCCGCACAAGAUUAACAAGAUACAUCCACGAUUUGUAUCUUAAUGAUAACCUCAACUACUAUAAACUCUCGAAUCUUGAUGGUGGCGUUGGGCAAGGUGCAGAUCAAUUUAUAACACAAGACUUGACUCUUUUCUGUGAAUCAGCAGCAAGUCUAUAUUCAUCGUUAGGCAAACCUUUUGUUGAUUUGUGUGUUUUCAACUAUCAAUUAUACCGAUCUCUGGGACCAUUGGCAUUGACUGGGUUAAUGACAAAUUACUUUUUGACGGCUUCAAUCCUUCGACGACUUUCACCACCAUUUGGAAAAUUGAAAGCUGUUGAAGGACGUAAAGAAGGAGAUUUCCGAGGUCUCCAUGCACGUCUUAUUGCCAAUGCAGAAGAGGUAGCAUUUUACGGAGGCGCCAAUAUGGAGAAGAACUUCCUAGAUAAAGAGUUCAAAAGUCUCAAAAGAUGGAUGGAAGGGAUAUAUACCCUUAAAAUUCGUUACAACAUACUUGAAGAUUUUGUUCUCAAAUAUAGUUGGAGUGCAUAUGGUUAUUUGCUCAGUUCAUUACCAGUUUUCCUUCCUGCAUGGGGUGGUCUUGGUGGAGUUGCGGAACUGGCGGAUGUCUCUGUAAUAGGCGGCCGAGAAAGAGGUCGAAUGAAGGAGUUCAUCACCAAUAAGCGACUCAUGUUAUCAUUAGCUGAUGCUGGUGGGCGUAUGAUGUAUUCGAUCAAAGAUCUCUCGGAAUUGGCUGGGUAUACUAGUCGAGUCUAUACGCUGAUUUCAACCCUUCACCGAGUUCAUGCAAAUGCAUACUUUCCUCCCCGAGCCAUUCAAUCAGAACUUUUCUCUCUUUCAGAUGUACAGGGUACCACUCAAAAAGGAUUCGACGGGGUCAGGUUGGAAAAUGUACCUGUAGUCGCUCCAUCGGUCUAUCCACAUGGUGGAGAAGAACUCAUAGAUUCCCUCUCCAUGGUUGUUCACUCUGGCGAACAUCUCCUCAUUUCCGGCUCAAACGGUGUAGGUAAAAGUGCCAUCUCCCGUAUCGUCGCUGGUCUCUGGCCUGUCUAUCGAGGUCUCGUGUCUCGUGCCCGCACAACCGGAACCGAUGGCAUCAUGUUCUUACCCCAACGUCCUUAUCUCAGCGUCGGUACUCUACGUGAUCAAGUCAUCUAUCCAGAUGGCGAAGUCGAAAUGCGUUCCAAAGGCCGUCGUGAUAUUGAGUUAAAACGUAUCCUCGAAGAAGCGCGCUUGGGAUAUCUCCCCGAUAGAGAAGGCGGCUGGGAUACAAGAAAGGAAUGGAAGGAUGUACUUAGCGGAGGAGAAAAACAACGCAUGGCUAUCGCGAGAUUGUUGUAUCAUGAACCUAGAUAUGCGUUUAUAGAUGAAGGUACAUCUGCCGUCUCAAGCGAUGUCGAGGGACUUUUGUACGAAACGUGCAAGGAGAAGGGAAUCACGUUGAUUACGAUCAGUACGCGAGCGAGUCUUAAGAGAUACCAUACGUAUAAUUUGAAGCUGGGAUUGGGCGAUGGGGGAGAGUGGGAGUAUGAGAGGAUUGGGACGGAGAGGGAGAAGAUGGGGACGGAGAAGGAGUUGCAGGAGUUGAGGGAGAGGAUGGAGAUGGAAAGGGUUUGGGAGGAGAGGAAGAGGGGGAUUGAGAGGGAGUUGGAGGAGGUGUGGGUGGAGGGGGGGGAGAAGUUGGAGGAGAUUGUUUAUGGUGGGGGGAGGGAGGGGGGUGGGGAGGGUGAGGUGGAGGAUGCAGAUGUGAAGUUAAAGGGGGAGGAAGAGGGGGAGAUGGAGGGAGGGAAAGUCAAAGAUGACGGGGUACCUCCAGUUGAGAUGUAA